AUGACCUCCUCUAAAGCUAUUCUUGUUGUUUUGCUUGCUUUAGCUACAAUCUCAUGCAUCUUGGCACAAUCUCUUGUACAACCAGUGAUACUUGGUCAACCUGUGGAGCAGAUUCCAAAACCUUUUCGAUUUGGCUAUGAAUUUGGUGAUGGAUUAGGAAUGUCCCAGUAUCGACAUGAAUCUUCUGAUGAAAAUGGACUUGUUACUGGCAGUUAUGGUUACCAGGAUCCAUAUGGCGUGUACAGGAAAGUCCAAUACAAUGCAGGUGUUGAUGGAUUUCGUGCCAAUAUUUUAAGCAAUGAGCCAGGACUUGCAAGUCAUGUACCUGCUGAUGCGACUUAUUCCGUUCUACCACCUCCUCCAGCAGCCAUAGUUCAAAGUUUCAGAAGAGUACCUGUAUUUACUGCAAUUCGAAAAUGAACAUAGUGUAUGAAUCUAGUGGAUUUUCAUAACGAAAUAUUGUGUGUUUUAGGAUACGGAAUAUCAUUUCAAUGUUACUUGGGGUAUGUAAUUAAGGAAAAUACUAAAUUCUGCAGAGUGUGUGGUACAGAAUUAUGUAAUAGUAGAAACAUUUUUGAGGCAACUGAAUUUCCGAUAGGUAGGAAUUUUUUUGUAAAAUAUUGUU